CAGAAAGAACUAUUUGGAAAAGGGAUUUCUUUAGCCAUUUCAAUGUGCUUAGAACUGUAGCAUAAUAAUCUAAGUAAAUCACUGUAAAGUUGGCUAACCCAAAAUGUCAUCGACAACGAGGAAUCGGCUAAAUAAAGUGUGGUGGUGGUGAUGAUGAUGAUGAUGAUGAUGAUGAUUAUGCAGGAAGGGAAGAAAUAAGAACUGCUGCUUUAUCACCGCACCCUGCGCACAGCGAGUGAGCGCUGAGCGCUUCAUGGCCGCCCAUUCCCAUGAGCCACCGCGGCCGCCCGUUGUCAAGGUCCCGUCCGUCGCUCGCGCACGGAGGCCUUCGAGGGCUGCGAAGGAGAGGGGCGCUGGAGGUCCGACCGGUGUCCCGCGGGUCUCGGUCCAGUCACGACGGAUUGGCGCACGCGGCGCAGGAAAACAAUGGAGACAACAGACUGCUCUGUGACUAAGACAUCUCCUUCAAGCAGCCAAGGACAGGUGCAGUGUCCCCAGGUUGGGGAUCCAUUGGAGGUGACCGACAUGACCCGAUUGCGGCGCUUCCUAUGUUUUGGAUCUGAAGGGAACACGUAUAGCGUCAAGGAGCAGCAGCUGGGCAUGGCCAACGCCUUGGUGCUGAUACGAUUAAUCGAGGAUGGACAAGGGUGUGAAGUGGUCGAGGAAAUAAAGAAGUUCAGCCAGGAAGGCAGGGCUGCCAAAACGAACCCAGCUAUUUUUGCCCUGGCAGUUUGCUCGCAGCACAAAGAUGCAAAAACCAAGCAAGCUGCCUUCGAGGCUGUGAAGGAGGUGUGCCACCUGGCCACACACCUGUUCUCCUUUGUGCAGUUCAGAAAAGACCUGAAGGAAGGCAUGAAGUGUGGGAUGUGGGGCCGGGCAUUGCGGAAAGCAGUGUCAGACUGGUACAAUGAAAAAGAUGCGAUGACACUCGCUCUUGCGGUGACCAAGUACAAACAAAGGAUUGGCUGGUCUCACAAGGACCUGCUACGACUUUCACACAUGAAACCAGCAAAUGAAGCUAUAGCAGUGAUAAAUAAAUAUAUCACUAAGGGAUGGAAGGAGGUCCAGGCAAUGUACAGUAACAAAGAAAACUCAGAUGAAAUUGCCAAAGUUCUACAGUACUUGGAAGCUGUAGAGAAAGCAAAGCAUUCUCCUGAUGAGAUGGAGGUGAUCCAUCUGAUAGAAGAACAUGGAUUGGAACCAGAGCAGUUGCUGACCAACCACCUGAAGUCCAAAGAGGUGCGCAAGACUUUAUUGAAAGAAAUGCCAGUCUCUUUGUUAUUGAGGAACCUGGGUAAGAUGACAUCUGAUAAAGUUUUACAGCCGGGGACUUCAGAUAGUGUGCUGGUUUGUGAGACACUCCAGAAUGAAUCUGCUCUGAAGAAGGCUAAAGUCCAUCCCUUCCAUAUCUUGGUGGCACUUCAAACCUAUCAGAAAGGCCAAGGGAACAGAGGCAAAGUGAAAUGGGAAACAGAUGAUGCAAUUCUCCAGGCACUGGAUAUUGCUUUCAGCAAAUGUUUUGUGAAUGUUGAGCCAACAGGAAAGCGAUUUGUGUUAGGUGUGGAUGUCAGCACAGCCGUGAGCAGCACAGUUCUGGGAAGUUAUGUUAGCACCACUGCUACAGCAGCAGUAAUGAGUAUGGUUAUUGCACGGACAGAGAUGGAUUUUCAAAUUUUAGCCUUCUCUGAAGGAGCUGUGGUUCCUUGUGCGAUUACAGCUGAUAUGUCUCUUGCUCAAGUAACAGCGGAACUAAUAAAGACGCCUGGUGGGGAGACUGACUGUGCCCUUCCAAUUCUAUGGGCUACAGAGGAGGAGAAGCCAGCAGAUGUUUUCAUUGUUUUUACCAACAACUUGACCGUAGUUGGAAAGGUCCACCCCACUGAGGCAUUAAAAAUGCAUAGACAGAAAAUGGGAGUGUCUUCCAAAUUAAUAGUAUGUGGCCUGACUUCAAAUGGCUUCACCAUCGCAGACCCUGAGGAUCGAGGAAUGCUUGAUAUCUGUGGUUUUGACUCUGGUGCAUUACGUGUCAUCCACAGCUUUGUUCUGGAUCUCAUUUGAAGGGCCAUCAAUAGCAGGGGAAUUUAAUAUGGAGAAACAUGAAAUAAUUACAAGUAGGAUUUAAAAGCACUUAUUGGUUCAAAGGAACAGUAAACCCUUAAGUGAAACAAAAAUGUUAUUGGUAAAAAGGUGCAUUGGGCUCUUUUCUAGAUUAAUCUUUAGAAAUGAUUAAGAUUUGUCAUCCAGCAGGCUGGAUGGAUAGAUAUGUGCUGAAUGGUAAAACAAUAUUAAAAAUUGUUCAGAAAAUGUUAUAAGUUUUCUGAGCAAUUUCAUGUCAAAGUGCAUCUUAAAUUGCUUUUUUAACAUACCUAUAAAUGGUCCAUCAAGGCUUUCAAAGUUCUCAAAGUAUAAUUUGACACUAAAGAAAACAGUGGGAAGAAAUUAAGCAUGAAUUUUUUAUGGAAAAAAGUUAAGCAUGCUGCUAUUAACUAACACUUGGGUGUAGAUUUAUCUAAGAGAGCUAUACAUUGUA